AAAAAAAAAAAAAAAAAAAUAAUGGAGUUUGUUAAAGACCUCGAAGACCGUUUACUAUUUGCUGUUCCAAAAAAGGGACGUAUCUAUCAAGCCUGUAUUGAUCUUUUAAAAGGAUGCGAUAUUCAUUUCAAUAGAAGUUCACGACAAGAUAUUGCUCUUUGCACCAACUUGCCUAUUGCCCUUAUUUUUUUACCUGCCGCAGAUAUUGCCAAAUAUGUAGGUGAGGGUAACAUUGAUCUUGGUAUCACUGGUCAAGAUAUUGUAGUUGAAAGUGAAGCUCAAGAUAAGGUACGUGAAGUUGAAAAACUCGGGUUUGGUCAAUGUCGUUUGGCGAUUGAGGUACCUAUGAAAGGUGAAUGCCAAACUUUAGAAUCCUUAGUUGGCAAGCGUAUCGUUACGAGUUUCGUUCAUUGUACCACCAAGUUAUUUGAACCUUUGGAUAAAAAGGCAGGUAAAAAGACAAUCAUUAAGCAUGUUUCAGGUUCAGUUGAAGCUGCUUGUGCACUUGGUUUAGCUGACGGUAUAGUUGAUCUUGUUGAAACGGGUGAAUCAAUGCGUGCUGCUGGCCUUCAUGACAUUUAUGAUUUAAUGGAAACCCAAUCUGUACUUAUUGCUAAUAAGAAAUCGAAACACACUGAAUUGAUUGAAAAGAUUGCAUCUCGUGUACGUGGUGUGAUUACAGCCAACAAAUAUGUCUUGUGCACAUAUAAUAUUGAACGUGUUAAUCUAGCAAAUGCAAUUCAAAUUACACCUGGUCGUCUUGGUCCUACUGUUUCUUCUUUAGAUUCUCUCGAGGGUUGGGUCGCUGUUUCAGCAAUGAUUAGCAAAAAGGAGAAAGGUGAUAUUUUAGAUAGAUUGACAGACUGUGGGGCAACCGAUAUCAUGGUCACUCCUUUCACAAACUGUCGUGUAUAAAAAGAACAGCAUAUUUCAAUUUACACAUAGAGAUUUAUACAUGUAUAUUCAUAGAUUAUUAAAAUUUUAGACAUUUUCUCUUUCUCUUUCUCGUA